AUCAAAUCUCCAAACUUUUUUAUUUGUUUUCUCUAAUAUUCAAUAGCUUCUUUUUACUAUAAAUCUUAUAAUUUCCUCGUCAUUGUUGUGUUCAUCUCAUUGUUGGUGUGUUUAUUGAAGUUGUUUAUUAAAUGGACGCUGGUGCUUUAAACUCAGUGAUCAAUAGACUGCUUGAAGCCAGAGACAAACCUGGAAAGAUUGUUCAGUUGUCUGAAACUGAGAUCAAACAGCUCUGUUUCGUCUCUAGAGAUAUCUUCUUGAGACAGCCAAAUCUCUUGGAACUAGAAGCUCCUGUCAAGAUAUGCGGGGACAUUCAUGGACAAUACCCGGAUCUCUUGAGACUAUUCGAACACGGAGGAUACCCUCCUCGCUCAAACUACUUGUUUCUUGGAGAUUACGUUGAUCGUGGCAAACAAAGCCUUGAAACGAUCUGUCUCUUGCUCGCUUACAAGAUCAAGUUCCCUGAAAAUUUCUUCCUUCUUAGAGGAAACCACGAAAGUGCUUCAAUCAAUCGUAUCUACGGCUUCUACGACGAGUGUAAACGCCGUUUCAGUGUCAAGAUUUGGAGAAUCUUCACCGAUUGCUUCAAUUGUCUCCCCGUGGCUGCACUCAUCGACGACAGGAUUCUAUGUAUGCACGGUGGACUCUCCCCGGAGCUGCGUAGCUUGAGACAGAUUAGGGACAUUCGUCGUCCAACGGAUAUUCCUGAUCGUGGUUUGCUCUGUGAUCUCUUGUGGUGUGACCCUGAUAAAAACGUUAGAGGAUGGGGUCCUAACGAUCGUGGAGUCUCCUACACUUUUGGGUCGGAUACAGUUUCAGAGUUUCUCAAAAGACUCGAUCUUGACCUAAUCUGUAGGGCUCAUCAGGUUGUUGAAGAUGGGUUUGAGUUCUUUGCGAAUAAGCAGCUCGUGACGAUAUUCUCAGCUCCGAAUUACUGUGGAGAGUUCGACAAUGCAGGUGCGAUGAUGAGUGUAGACGAGGAUUUGAUUUGCUCUUUUCAGAUCUUAAAACCUAUUGAGAAGAAAUCAAAAUUCAGCUUUGGAAGCAGAGGUGGUGUUAAAACUACAUUCCCUUAUCCUAAAGUCAAGGUACAUAUUAUUCCCAUAAUCUUUUCAGUUUCUGGAGUCAAAUGUAUAGUUUUGGUUGUGGUGAAGAUUUAAAGGAUUCGAUUAAAUGGUUAUGUUUUUUGAAACAUAAUAAUGUCAUAUUGAUAUUGAUAAACAUAUAUUUAAAUAUGUGUGUGUGUGUGUGAAAUGCAUAAAUGCAGGUUUCUAUUACUUUGUUACAAUGAUUUAUGUGUAUUAUGUGUAUACAUAUGUUUUAAUGAUUUAAUAAGAUCUAAGCUUUGAAUCUGCUUUUUCUUUUGCUUUCAAACUAGUAGAAAGAUAAAAUAAAAUGGGUCAACUACGUUGUUAACUAAAAAACCUUAAAUGUCAUGCUAGUUUCACCGUGUUAACUUUAUUCGAUCAAGUCAAUGUAUUUUUGAGUUUAUUUUAGCUCCAGU